UGCCUCCACCUCCCUCCCUGAUAGAAGAGAGAAAGAAGAAGAAGAUUCUAGAAGUCACGAGAGAGAUCAAAUUGAGCUGCUGACAGGAGAGGUUCCUAUAAGUGUCAGGGUGUCACUGUCUAUUUCUUCCAUGGAGGAGUGGGGGAGUAUUUAGAAGGACACAAGGAUCUCUACAAGGACGUCAUUGAUGGAUCAAUCAGCCGCCCUCCUAACAUCACCGGAUGGAUCCACUGUCAUGGGAACCCACCAGAGAGAUGUCCCCGUCCUCUGUAUUCCCGGGAUUCCACACAGGAAGGUCACACCAUCCCUCACCAUCAUCAGAGUGGAAUCCUCGGGCGAGUGAUGAGAAAUUUGAUGUUAAAGAAGAGUAUAAAGAGGAGGAUGAGGAGUAUGGAGUGAUGGCAGGAGUUUUAGAAGGACACAAGGAGAUGAUGGAGCCACCAGAAUACCAGGAAACCCACCAGAGGCAGAUGUCCCCCGUCCUCUGUAUUCCCGGGAUUCCUACACAGGAAGGUCACACCAUCCCUCAGUAUUGCAAGGUUGGUGAAAGGAAAGCUAGAAGAGAAGAGGCGUAUGUGAGGGUUAUGAUCAGCAGUCUAUGGAGGAGGAUGGAAUAACGGGGACAUUUUAUAGAGGAGGACACUCCUACAGAGAUCAGCACAGGGGGGUCAUGAACACUAAAUCCAUUCCAUCCACCCAUACUGCUCACUGAUUGGUCCAGAGUAGGGCUCGGGGACUGGGUGAUAUCAGCCUGUA